AUGUCAGGAAGUGUCGUCUCAAGAAGGGAUGGAGAUAAGAGAAUUAAGGCUAUUAUUGUAGCCAUUAUAUCUUCUAUAAUAUUUACAAUAUUUCUGAUACUUAGGCAUAAAAUGGUUCUGAGGAGGUCAUAUGAGGAACAGAAGCUAACUUUAUUUAGUGAAAGUGCAUUUUACUACUCAUUUUAUGAGGAUAUAAUAAAUUCACCAACAAUAUAUGAUGGAAUAUACAGACUUUUAAAAGAUAAUAGGAGUGAAUACCCAGAUAUUAUAAAUGCAUUGUCUAGAUUCAAUAUAUCUCAGGAACUACUUUUAGGGAUUAUCUAUCGUUUAUUAUAUGGAGACUCAGGUGUUGCUAAGCAUUGGUCCUAUAAACCACUCUCGCCAUUUAACUUCUACUAUUAUGUAGUCCAUAUUUUAAUGGGGCUAGGAAUUGGGAUCUUAUGUGGUUUUUGUACAUAUAUUACUAAUUCUUAUUUGGCUGGUUUUUCUUCCUUGGGUUUCCUCUUUGCGAAUUUUCAAGAGCGUUUGCUAAUGAGGUUAUCAAGUAUUCCUUUACGUGAAAAUUUUGGCUUACCUUUUGUCUGGGGAACUGUAUGUGUUUGGUCUUAUAUCCUAGAUCGCAAUAUAUAUGAAAGAAAUUACAAUGGUAGAAAGUCAUGGAUAUUAAUGUGGCUUUGCAGUGUUUUGCUAAUACAAACAUGGCAAUUUUCAGUAUUUAUACUAUCAACUCAACUCGCUUCCACAUUUGCUACAUAUAUCUUAGGAUAUCCGAUAUAUAAUUUACUUAUACGCCUAAUAAUAUGUCAUUUACUAUCACUUUUUACCGGCAUUGCACUACAGUUCGGUUCGUACUAUCUUUUAAUGUCUCCUUUACUGCAAGUUGGACUAGCUAUACUUGCUAGUGUUUUAGUUCCAAUGAUGAUUAGGAAAAGGUUUGGGAGUAUUCCACAUAAUUUUAUUAGAAGUGAGAGUUUUUCGGCAAAGUGGUCAUUUGUUAAAUUAAUUGUAGCAAUAUUUGUAUUUACUGGGGUUAGAUUGGCCAUUGUCCCAUUUGCAGUUCAUGAUAGUCAUGUUUCUGAUAUACUUAAAUCUACUUUUUCUAAUAAUCAACAUACUUUUGAUUCAAUGAUAUAUAGAAUGGGUGGAUCUGAAUUUUCUUGGGUAACAAUACAACAGUUAAAGAUGAUACACAGGUCCGGAUUAUUUUAUAUAUUCUUUGCAUCACUUUUGACUAUUAUAAUUACUAUUUUCUCUGAUAUAUAUAAAAUUUACUUACUUCAGAAGUACUUUGUUGAAACCUCAAAAAUGAACCAAGUUGAAGUAUUAGCAUUGUCAUCUGAUCCUGACAAAAUAACAUCCAUAUCUAUCUCUAACACAUCUGAAAUACCCAUGAAAUCUUCAGAUACGGAGAAAUCCGAUGUUAAUACAAUUAUGGAUAGCUUACCUUCUCCAUCUUCUAUUUUAUCUGACUGGAAAAACAAAAAAACUGAACUAAAUAUAAGUAAAGAUCUAAGUUUUGUACUUAACUCAUGUUUGGCUUAUCAUCUUUUUCAGGUCUGUUGUUUUUGUUUCCUUGGAAUGAUAAUAUCUAGAUUGCGUGUUUUGGCAUUACCAUAUAUGUCUGUAAUAGCAGGAUUUCUAGCAUCAAAGCAGUAUAUUGAGUAUUUUUGUAGCAUAAUUGGAAAUUUUGGAAAUAUUUACUGCAAUAUACCUAAAAACAUAGAAUAUAUUGAAACUGUUACAAAUACUCAGGAAGAAUCUAAGGACAAAUUUCAAUAUGGUCAACAAUAUAAAUCACUUUUUAAGAAGUUUAUUUUACUUUUAUCAACUACUUUUAUACUAUCAUAUUCAUGGAAGCGUUGGCCAAUCGAAGAAUUGAGAGCAAUACUUCAUAGUGAAGAUAAUGCCACAUCUUCUAAAAGUAGACUUGUUUCAUGGCUUAAUACAAAUAUUCCUUCUAAUUCAUCUAUUGCGUCUGAUAUGACUAUAGGUGCUUCUAUAAGACUUAUGACGGAUUUUAAUAUUGUAUUACACCCUCAAUAUGAGGAUCCAAAGAUUAGAAAGAGAACACAGUUUAUGUAUUGGCUGACAGGUUGUGCACCAAUUAAAGAUAUUUAUGAUAUAUUGUGGGAAGAGUACAAGACAAAUUACAUAGUAACUCAAAUUUACCGUUGUUCUUCUCCUUCAAACGCACCUCAUAUAAUUAAUGCAUUUGAUGUCGCAAGUUACCUGGAUAAUAAUGAAUAUAGAUGCAAAGGAAAUAUUGUGCCCUUUCAACGUGGGUGUUGGAGGAUACAAUUAGAUAACUAUCAAAAGUACUUUAAAAUGAUUUAUAGGAACAGCGACUAUACAGUAUUUGAAAGAAGAAAUGAGGCAGAUCCAUUUGUGUUAAUGUCUAGAAGAAGCAAUAUAUUAACACCUCCUCAUUUGUUCCCUUACAAAAGAAAACUUUUGGACUGGGAAGAAAGCUGGAAACCUUGGAUAAAAAAUUACUGCCAAGCUAAUGAUAAUUAUUGUGCAAUGAAUAUUGUAGACUAUGCAAGGAAUAUCUUGGAUAUAUAUGGUAUUAAGGAAGUAACCGAUUUACUCUAUAAAAAUGCAAUUGAAUUAUACCCAGAAAAUCCAUAUGUGCUCCAUCACUAUGCAGAGUAUAUGGACUUUGAUCUAGGAAAAAGUCCUCAAGAAGUUAUAAUCUAUUAUAUGAAAGCUUUAGAGCUUAGUAAACCUAAUGACUUAAAAAUAUUAAUGGAUGUUGUACUCUUUAUUGAUCAGUCAUUUGGAAGGAGCAAAUCACUUGAAAAGAUUCUAAAGCUUAUAUUGGAGAAUAACUCAAUAAAAUCUCUUGUAUCUUUAGAUAUUAGUGAAAUUGAUUCAUAUUUAUCACGAAAUAAGAUUAUUGAUCUUUCAAGAAAUAAAUCUUUUCAAGAAUUUGUAUAUUCGGUAUGUAUGGUUGCAUCUUUUCUUAAAGCAUUAAUUAUAAGUAGUGAACUAGAAAUGUAUCAAACUAGCCAUAAUAUUUGGCAAGCUAUUGUUACAUGUAAUGUUCUAUGGGACUUGUCUUUAUCCUUAGAUCCCAAUAACAGAUGUGUUCUUCAGUAUUGGGAAUUAUUCAACAACAAAAAGAGAUCUACAAUGGAUGAUAUUUACUACUUCUUAUUUGGCUAA